AUGAAAAGAAGAGGAAAUAAUUAAGUUAUAUAAUAAGAUUCCGAUCAAAAGUUGCAAAGUAGAAAGUAUUGGAAAGAAGAGGAAGAUAAUAAAUUACACGCUGCUGUGUUCAAACACGGUUCUAAUUGGAAGUUGAUUGCUGAGUUUGUUCCUGGCAGAAAUGCAUCUUAAUGUGCACAAAGAUGGAAAAGAAUAAAGCCUAAGGAAAAUGAAAGAAAUCAAAAAUGGACUGAGGAAGAGGAUAAAGAAGUAUUAAGACUCACAAAAAUAUAUUAAUUUAACUGGAAAUAAAUAGCCAAUGAGAUCCCAAAUAGAACAGGUCGAUAAAUUAGAGAGAGAUUUGUGAAUCAUCUGGAUUCUAACAUCAUUAAAACCCCAUGGACUAAGUAGGAAGAUAAAAAGAUUUGGGAAAUGUUCUAGAAAAUGGGUACAAGAUGGUCGGAUAUGUCAAAGAAAAUGCCAGGCAGACCUGAAAACAUGAUUAAAAACAGGUUUUAUUCCUUUAUUAGAAAAUAAUACGGAAAAAUCUAAAAUCCUUAUUAUGUUGUACCUAGUAAAGUACGGGUAUUGGAGGAAGAUGGAUAGAAAUAGAGUCAGGGGAUGAAAAAAAUUAGAAAAUUUAAAAGAAUUUAAUAAUCAUUCAAAGUGGAGGAAGAAAUAGUAGGGAAGGAAAAUAAAAUCAACGAAGAAAUUAAUUAAUAAUAAUUAUAAUCAGAUCUACAAUGCUAGUAAGGACCAUUUACUUAAUUUUAAACUCAAUAGUCAUAAUAGUAGCAAUAGUAAAUAUAAUUUUCAUAAUCACAAUUUCCCUCUUUGUAACAUUCUCAAAUACAACAAUCACAAUUUCCACAAAUCAUAGAUCCCUUUUCAUUUUUUCAAGAUUCAAUAAGAUCAGACUCAUACAGAGUAAAUUAAUAUCCAGAAGCAUUAAAGCAAUAUUAAGAUUUUCAAAAUUGGUUGAAAGAAUCCUUAAAGUCUUCAUCUGAUCCAGAAUUAAAUAGAAUGUACAAAUUCGAGACACCGAUGAUGAGUUUUUUGUAUAUGAAUCCUAGCUUAAUCCAUUCAAUGCAAUAGUAGUAGUAGCCAAUUUUUAUGAAAGAGGAAGAGCAUGAUAAAUUGUUUACAGGCCUAGAGAACUCAUUACCUGUUUAGAUUAGACCUGAUAUAUUUGAGGAGAUGAAAAAAACUAACGGAGAUACGCAAUAACAAUAAUAACAUAUAAAUCAUCAAUAAAAGUAACAGUGA